AUGUCUUCCCAACAUCUCCAAGCCUUGCCAUUGAAUCCAGCCAUGGACGAGAUCCGUUGGAUCAUACAAAUCCGCCGACACCUCGAAGAAUACCAGGAGGAUGAAACCAACAUCCCCGUCUGCAUCUUCAACGUCCCAAAAACCCUAAUCGCCACCAAUCCUGAUGCCUAUAUACCGCAACAAAUUGCACUGGGUCCGUACCACCGCUCGCGACCAGAGCUCUAUGAAAUGGAGCGGUACAAGGUCUCCGCUGCUAAAAGAACCCAAAAACAUCUCAAAAGUCUCAAAUUCCAAAGCAUCAUCGAUCGGUUCAUGAAGCUCGAGCCCCGGAUCCGGUCAUGUUACCAUCGUUACCUUGACUUCAGUGGGGAAGCCCUGGCGUGGAUGAUGGCCCUUGAUGCGUCGUUCUUACUUGAAUUCCUAAAAAUCUUCACUGCCAAAGACAGUAAUGUCUUAGAAACGAUAUCAUCGAGAAUGUCUCAUUUGGUCGAUUACACGGGGAGGAGGUCAGCCCAUAACACAAUCCUCCGAGAUAUAAUGAUGCUGGAAAACCAAAUUCCACUCUUCCUCUUAAGAAAGAUGUUAGAUUCUCAGCGCCCGUCGACUCAAGAAGCCGAUGAAGAACUAUCAGCAAUCUUGAUGGAGCUUUGCAAAAAGCUCUCACCGUUAAAGAUGAUGGAGAAUUUCCCAGAAAUCCAAGUCAAGCAGCGCACGCACUUGCUCGAGCUUCUUUACCACACGAUGGUGCCGAAAUCUGACGAAUUGAAGGAGACCAACGAAUCUGAAGAAAUAACAAUUGAAGUGACGAUAAAAGAAUCAUAUGGCAAUGCAGGCCAUGUCUGGCUGCUCUUCAACAUGAUAGGGGAAUUCAUGUCGUCUCUCAAGGUUCGACCCGUCUGCUACAUUAAGAAAGUUCUUAUGUCCAGACCCGUCAAGUUGGUAUUGAAACUCCCAUGGAGGAUUAUCACACAACUCCCCGGAUACUCCAUGUUAAAACAACCUGUGGAGUAUUUCUUUUCAUCGUUCCAGGAUAAGGAAAGCACCAAACCAGUAGAUUUGAAUCCAAGCAACAACAACAACAACAGGCCCCCUUCAGUCGAAGAGAUUACCAUUCCUUCAGUGUCUGAGCUGAUCAACGUCGGUGUAAGAUUCUCGGCUACCAAUGGAGAUUUAUCGACCAUCAGCUUCGAUUCGAAGACCAUUACAUUCUAUCUCCCAACUGUUACACUGGACGUGCAUACGGAGGUCAUGCUACGGAAUUUGGUUGCGUUCGAGUCGUCGAUUGCAAGUGGGCCAUUGGUUUUUACGCGAUACACCGAACUGAUGAGUGGGAUUAUAGACACGGAAGAGGACGUGAAAAUGCUGAGAAAUAAGGGGGUUGUUCAGAGCUGUUUGAAGAGUGAUGAAGAAGUAGCGAAUCUGUGGAAUGGGAUGAGCAGAUCUAUGAAAAUGACCAAAGUGCCCUCUCUAGAUAAGGUGAUUGAAGAUGUGAACAAGUAUUAUAGUAGUAGAUGGAAGGUCAAAGUUGGAAAGUGCAUGAAGAAGUACGUGUUUGGGUCGUGGCAGUGUCUAACAUUUCUGGCUUGUAUUUUGCUGUUGCUGAUGACGGCUUUACAGGAGCUGCUGAGGAUUGCAUCUUUACAACAUCUGAAAGGAUUGCUUGGGAUAGUUCAUUUCACUAUUAAGAUGGGAUUCUUACUUGUAAUACUAUCUGUUUUAAGCUUAUACCUGAGGAGAGCAUUGGAGCAGUUCUCUACUUUGGGUGAUGCAGCAAAGGUUAUCACUGAUAGAGACACUAGGAGGAGAAUCGAGCAUUUGCUGAAGCCGUUGAACUGUGCAGUGGACACCUUUUGGUGA